CUUUGAAGUUUUUUAUAAUAAAUAUGCAAGUAAAUCGUUGAUUUUUUUCUACAAAUCAUAAGGAUAUAGGAACUUUGUAUUUUCUUUUUGGUGCUUGAGCUGGGAUGGUUGGAACUGCUUUAAGUAUAAUAAUUCGUGCAGAACUUGCUCAGCCUGGUUCUUUUUUGGGGGAUGAUCAUAUUUAUAAAGUUAUUGUUACUUCUCAUGCUUUGGUUAUGAUUUUUUUUAUGGUGAUGCCUGUUAUGAUAGGGGGUUUUGGAAAUUGAUUAGUACCUUUAAUGAUAGGGUCUCCUGAUUUGGCUUUUCCUCGGGUAAAAAAAAUGAGUUUUUGGCUUUUGCCUCCUUCUUUUCUUCUUUUAUUGGCUUCUGCUGGUGUUGAAAGGGGUGUUGGUACUGGGUGAACUAUUUAUCCUCCUUUGUCAAGUGGUAUUGCUCAUUCUGGUGGUUCUGUUGAUCUUGCUAUUUUUUCUUUACAUAUAGCUGGUGCUUCUUCUAUUAUAGCUUCGAUUAACUUUAUAACUACAAUAAUAAAAAUGCGUGCUCCUGGUAUUUCUUUUGAUCGUCUUUCUCUUUUUGUUUGAUCAAUUUUUAUUACUACUUUUCUUCUUUUGUUAUCUUUACCUGUUUUGGCUGGGGCUAUAACAAUGCUUCUUACUGAUCGUAAUGUAAAUACUACUUUUUUUGAUCCUGCUGGUGGUGGUGAUCCUAUUUUGUUUCAGCAUUUAUUUUGGUUUUUUGGUCAUCCUGAAGUUUAUAUUUUAAUAUUACCUGGUUUUGGUAUGAUUUCUCAUGUUGUUUCUCAUUAUUCUGGUAAGAGAGAGCCUUUUGGUUAUUUGGGUAUGGUUUAUGCGAUGGUUGCUAUAGGUAUACUUGGUUUUCUUGUUUGAGCACAUCAUAUGUUUACUGUAGGUAUGGAUGUGGAUACUCGAGCUUAUUUUACAGCUGCUACUAUGAUAAUAGCAGUUCCUACUGGGAUAAAGGUUUUUAGUUGAAUGGCUACUCUUCAAGGUUCUAAUUUACGUUGGGAGGCUCCUUUGUUUUGGGCUUUGGGUUUUAUUUUUUUAUUCACUUUAGGAGGUUUAACUGGUGUAGUUCUUUCAAAUUCUAGUUUGGAUAUUGUUCUUCAUGAUACUUAUUAUGUUGUGGCUCAUUUUCAUUAUGUUCUUUCUAUGGGUGCAGUAUUUGCUAUUUUUUCUGGUUUUACUCAUUGGUUUCCUUUGUUUUCUGGGGUUGGAUUGCAUCCUCAAUUGAGUAAGGUUCAAUUUUUUAUAAUGUUUAUAGGUGUAAAUCUUACUUUUUUUCCUCAGCAUUUUUUAGGUCUUUCUGGGAUGCCUCGUCGUUAUGCUGAUUAUCCUGAUGCUUACACUAGUUGGAAAAUGGUUUCUUCUAUAGGUUCUGUUGUUUCUUUAGUUGCUGUUAUUUUUUUUAUGUUUUUGGUUUGAGAGUCUUUUGUUGUUCGUCGUGUAGUUGUUUCUCCUGAUUAUAGUUUUUCUUCUUUGGAGUGACAGUAUAAUUUUUUCCCUCCUUCUCAUCAUACUUAUGAUGAGACACCAUUUGUUGUUUCAAUAAAUUAGA